GGAAAACUAAAGGAACAACAGAACGAGUCUGUCUCAUACAGGGUACCGUCGAAGCUCUCAACAGUGUCCACAACUUCAUCGCAGAGAAGGUCCGGGAGAUGCCCCAGAGCGCCCAGAAACCUGAACCAGUCAGCAUACUGCAGCCACAGACCACAGUUAACCCCGAUCGGGUCAAGCAGGCCAAACUGAUAGUGCCCAACAGCACGGCUGGGCUGAUCAUUGGUAAAGGUGGAGCCACAGUAAAAGCAGUGAUGGAGCAGUCGGGGGCUUGGGUGCAGCUCUCCCAAAAGCCAGAGGGCAUCAACCUCCAGGAGCGAGUGGUGACCAUCAGUGGAGAACCGGAGCAGAAUCGUAAGGCUGUGGAAAUCAUUGUGCAGAAAAUCCAGGAGGAUCCCCAGAGCAGCAGCUGCCUCAACAUCAGCUAUUCCAACGUCUCUGGUCCAGUAGCUAACUCCAACCCCACAGGCUCCCCCUACGCUAACACGGCCGAGGUGCUGCCCAACGCGGCUGCAGCGGCCGCCACUGCCUCCAGCCUUCUGGGUCAGGCCGGACUCACAGGAAUGGGUGCCUUCCCUGCCGCCAUGUCCAGUUUCUCUGGCAAUGAUCUCUUGGCCAUCACCUCAGCCCUGAAUACGCUGGCCAGCUACGGCUACAACACCAACACCCUGGGCCUGGGUCUCAAUCCUGCAGCUGCCUCUGGAGUUCUGGCUGCAGUUGCAGCUAGUGCUAACCCUGCUGCUGCAGCUGCAGCAAACCUGCUAGCCUCCUACGCUAACGAUGCAUCCAGCAGCGCCGGCCACCCUGCUACAGGCCUCAGCGGCUUCUCCCUUGGUUCGCUAGCAGCUGCUACUGGGGCUUCCAACGGUUAUCUAAAUGCUUCAUCCCCACUGAUGGCCUCAUCCCUGUUGGCAACGGAGAAGCUGGCAGACGGAGCCAAGGACGUAGUUGAAAUCGCAGUGCCCGAAAACCUGGUGGGUGCCAUUUUGGGAAAAGGAGGGAAAACACUGGUAGAAUACCAGGAGCUGACAGGAGCCCGCAUCCAGAUCUCCAAAAAAGGAGAGUUCAUUCCUGGAACUCGGAACCGUAAAGUUACCAUAACAGGGUCACCAGCUGCUACACAAGCUGCACAGUAUCUGAUCAGCCAGCGGAUCACGUACGAGCAGGGGGUGCGUGCCACCAACCCACAAAAAGUGGGCUAAAAUUAAAAAAAUCAAGAGAAAUGAAGAAAAAGAUGAAGACAGAAAACKAAAGAAAUCGAACGUCACGAUAAAUAGAAAAAAAAAAAGAAAAGUCCAAAUAUAUGUUUAAUAUUUCAGUAUCUAAAGAGAAUCGCAGAAGAGGAGGUGGGAGAGAUAGAAAAGAUAAGUGUGUGUGAUAUAUGAGUGUGUUUUUAGGACUGACGUCCUGAUGUUUUUAAAGUUUGUCAAGUCUUUUUGACGACAGCAAUCAGAGGAAGCUGAACUGGUCCACUGCCAAGAUGCAGAUUCAAGAAUGAGGCCGCAGGGUCUCAACCUCCUCCAAAACCUCAUUAUUCUUUAGACUCUUCUGUUUCUUUUUUUUCUUGUGUUUUUGAUUUUGCUGGUUUAAAAUCCAUUUGAAACCUCAGCCCCCGGUGAGCUGAACUGGUCAAAGAUCAGCUGGUAGAGCUGUUCUACAAACCUUCCUCUUUGUUUUAAUGCAGAAUGUAUUUAAAACUGGAGAAAGUUUAUGACCUGAGCUCAUGUCAGCUCACGGGAAGGCAAUCUAAGAAAACCUUUACGUUCAUUUCUAGCUCAUAUUAUGAUUGAMGUUUCUAAAUUUGGGUAUUUUAUAAUUUCAUCCUUCAGUUAUUGACACGGUCUCAUUUUACCACAAACAGAUUUUUUAAACCUGCAGCCGCAGGUUGAUGUGAAUGUAAAACAAUAUGAACCCAUGUUUGAUAGUUUUUUUUAGUUACAGUGAUCAAAACUUGUGUUGCGGUGACAGAAAUGUAUAACUCUGACCCAGUCUGAACUUGGUCAGGGUUCAGGRUUUAAAUAAUCAAUGUGAGAGGAUAGAGGAGACACACAGGAAUGUAUACAUAUAUUUUACACAAACGCUCCUCAAUAACGCUCCCACAAACGCACAAACACCAAAACAUGUUUGUAAUUUGAGUCACAAACACAAGAUCUGUUGUUGUUGAACCCUUUCUGGUGCUAUAGGAUUAGCUUCAUUUAAAUCKCUCAAACAACUUGAUGCUUUACAUGGUUAAAGUAGCUGAAACAUCAAUCGGUAGCCCACCGGAUCUGACCCAAACUCUCACCUAAUGACAAAUGAUUGAUUUCAGAAACUUAAGAAUAAACCCACUUUUUAUAAAUCCUUAAAAGCUGGAUCUCCUAGUGAUACCGGACGUGGUUUUUUGCCUUAGACAGACUUUUUUUUUAAAUCCCAACAUUGAACUAAAAAAAAAUCUAAAAGCAGUGUCUGACUCCUUCAGUUCACAAUAAGAACAAAGCACUAUGAAAGCAUUUUGGUAUGAAAAGCUGUAUGAACCAAUAUCUGUGAACAAAGAAACUAUUGCCUUUACAUUAAGGGUACCAAACAGUCAGGAGACGUACUCUGAUAAAAAGCGACAUCUUGGAGUCUGUGAGCCAUCCGUCCCAAAUCCCAUCGAGAAAAACGAAAAGAGUCCUGCCGUUUGUUCAGGCGGGAUCAUCAUGCUCUCAAAACAAGUGGAGCAAUAAAACAUUAAAUGUUGUCUUUUAUUCUAAUAGUUUGUAUAAAGGUGGCUGCCUAAAUUUCUCGAGCACUCAAAGGUUAGCGUGCGUCCCCUCUGUGCUGCUAUCCAUCGUGUUCAUCCUGAGUCCCCGGGUGUCCGAGGACUGCACUGUGACACAUUCACAACACAGCGUUGAAGAGCGUCGGCCCAUUUUAUUCUGCACACCCACAUCACACACACCGACAGAGGGGAUGUUCCUGUUUACUAACUCACUGCACUUCAAUUAGUGAACCUUUUUUCUAUUGACCAACCGAUUCUCAUGUCCCCSUUCUGGAUUCUCCUCUGUCCACUUCCCUGUGCUGAAGAGACGUUUUCAACUGUCUUCAUCAACCCAAGCUCUAUGAUCAGCUUUGUAAGGAAAAGCUGUGAGGGUUGGUGCUGAGAAGUGUCAAUGAAAAUCCCAGGAAAAUUAACCCACAGCCUUUUUCUUUUCAGAAAUUCUUUGUUUCAGUUGGAGCAUUAUUACAACAAUGAGCCUUUCCUCCCAGCUAAAAUGUCUUCUUUCUCAUCCAUCUGAAUCCAAUCUGGCCACCAGUGAAACCAUUGUGGAAGAAAACCCUUUACUGCCCAAAAUCUGAGCUCAUUAUAAGAUACAAGCACAAAACAAGAGGGGAGGGGUGGUAAGGUUAUCGAUGCAACUGGACUGUUUGACUUCAGAGAGCCUCCAUAACUUGUUCUCUGCCCCUCAUUAACUUUUCUCUUUCUCUCAACAUUUGAUUCCCUGUCUGUCCUCCGUCCUACACUGUGCUCUCCCCCUCUUUCUCCUUCCUCUUGUCGUCUCAUGGGUGAUGUCUAGCCAUGGGUGGCAGUUAUGCACUACAGGUCAUAGGGGUUGAAAAAGUUUUCCUAGGAUGCAAAGUUCACAUGRCUAAAAUGCACAGAAAACACCUGCCUCCAAAACUGUGACCCCCCCCCCACUAAAACCAACCAGCAACAUUAGCUCAAAGUGUCAGAAGAACAAGCACGAUUAAAGGUUGCUACAUACUAAUCAAGAUGUAAGACAUCUGUUCUCACUCACGUGGUCAYGAGACUUUCCUUUUACUCUAAAGACAAACUGUCGCAAAAUCUCCUGGCAAGCUCCUCCCACUGCAGCGAACACAACCAACACAGCGACAGCGCGUUUAUUUACAGUUCACGAUGGAAGAAGAUCUCAUUUUUCUAUUGGUAAUUCGUCCCUACGCCGUCCGGCCGAGGUGCACUUCCUCCCAAACGUCACAGCCAGAGAGCCACCUGUGUCUCCACGCUGUCUCAGCUGAACACAAAAAUUGCGUUAUCUCUUUUCACAAGUUCUUCGAUUAUCUUUUAAAAUUUUUAUUUUAAUUGUUAUGCUGGACCCGUUGAAAAAGAGUCUGUAUUUUCUGACAUCUACGUAGUUCACCUGUUCAGCAUAAACACGCCCACAAAGUUCUGACUAAUUACACAACACCUAGAGCAUAACCCUGAGAGAAAGUUUCUGCCAGCUGCUUGUGAACAGAACCAGUUCGUGGAGGUGGAACGACAACAACAAAAAAAGCAUMAUUUUUGUCACACGACUGCGUCACUGAGAACAAAUUUCUCGACGUCUUGCAGAGUAUACAUCGGCCUUUAAACCAGUUCGUUUUUUUAAAGGAACAUGUUGAUUUUUCCAAAAGAAAGCAAAAGAAGGCAAAUCUUGGUUGAUAAAAUCUUAAAGCGAUGGCUCAGCUCGAAACCGUUCAGGCAGAAUAUUUUAGGUGUUAGAGAGUAACGUGUUUGUAAGCUAAAGCCGAAACAAUGACAUCCUUUAUGCAUAUCCUGUUAUCUGAAAAUGACUAGAACUCAUUUCUGUGGAAUACAAUAUGUCAUGUCAUAUGAUCUAAAUGUACUUUACUGUAGCUAUUCUAGUUUGUAGUCCAAAUGCAGUCCAGCGUUGUCGAUAAAAUGUGAAACUGUGUUCUAUUUGUGUGGAUGAUAAAGAGUGCCAACUAAGCCUGACUAAGAUUAGCUUCGCCAUUUGUUUGUGCAUUAUGAAGACUCAUUGAGCGCUGGUGUCCAUAUUUCUGUCACUGAUUAUUUAGUUCAACCGUAAGAAAAUGUUCAGAAUAUUGGAAGCAAUAUAGUAGCAUGUUGUCCUGUUUUGUGUUUCCUGUCUAUUGUAUGAACCUUUGAAAUUACUAAGAUUUUGAAUGAGUAGGUUUACAUGUACUUUUUGUAAGUUAUGAAAAUGCUGCUAUUUGAUAAGUAAACUAUACAAAAAAAUUAAAGUCUGUUCUGUUGAUUAGAGGUGUGUUCAGACAGAGCGGAGCAUACAGAAGGUGUAUAGAAGACUAUAAGGUAGUGACAGUAAUAAUAGACUCCAUAGUAUGACCUGUGCCAAACUAGAACCUCCGCAGCUUCUCAAAAUGUAGAUGUGCGAUCAAAUGUUAGAUAUCAAUAACUUGUUUAGAAGUGCUGAUCAAGUGCCAAUCAAACUCUUGUCUUUUAAGUUAAGAAAAGAUAAUCAAAUACAUGAGUUAAGAAAACAAAGAAGAACUUUCUGUUCCUUGUUUUAUCUCAUAGGUACAUAGAGUAAAAGUUAAAAGUUGUGAUUUUCUGUUGUUUUCCACUUCAUGCAUCCCUUGCGUGUUUGUUUGACCUGUGGCUUCAGUACUGCUGUUUUCUCCCAAAUGUCUCUAUAGGCCAGCAUGGACAUGUUAGCAGCAUCCAUAACAUAGCCAUUAACAAUCCAAAAUGUGUUUGUGAAGUUAGAUGUUAUCUUUUUGCACGUCUUCUUAUUGCAUGGUAUCAAAGUAAAAUUAUGGAGGAAAAAAAAGUGAUAAAAAUCUGCGGCUUGUGUCGCAACAUUCAAAAACAUAACACUGCAUGCAAGUCAAGUGUAAAGCUCUUCAGUUGUUUCACCUCAUGUUUAAAACGUUCUUUAUGUUGGGAGUUGGAGGGAGCUCAUCGUCAUGUUGGCCCCCCCUAAAACACACACACAAACACGCACUUAGACACACACCUGAGAUCAAGUUUCCCUUCAGUCAAGUUCUUUUCUCACCGUAGUCAAAUAUUUUCAGUAUUUUAGAUCCAAUGAGGUUUAAAAUGUGAAACAAACAAACAAACAAACAAACGUGAAAAUGUUCCUCAGUGCAUUGGCUUGUGUUUUCAGGAUAGCACAUUUCUCUGUUGUACCAGUUUUCUUCGAAUGUUUCUGGAGUUUUAUGUGGCAGAUCUAAUCUAUGAAUGUAUUCAUUUCCUCUUCUUUAAGUUGUGUGGAAUGUUUCUUUCUCUUUACUGUAAUUCAGGGCAGGAAUAUCAGUUCUGUGUAAAGUUAAUAUGUGUGUGAAUACAAUCCUUCAGCUCCAGUCAGGUAGGCCUCACACGGCCGCGGUCAUGAUUCAGACACGUCGACACAACUUCCGAUUUGCUGUCAACAUUUUCUUGUUUGUUUGGUGUUGCAUAAAUGCACUUUAAUGAUUGGUGGCUCGUUCUGGGUGUGAAACGAAGCUGAGAAGGAAAGCGUGUAGGCUUCCCACACAUCAUUUCUUUUGGUUCAUUGUUUUCUUCAUUUUAUUUUCCUUUUUUUGCUUUGAUGUUUGAUUUCUGUCCUGUUUCAAAGCUAUAGAUGGAAAAGCCUGGAGUCAGGGAUAAAACAGAAACAACAGCUGUUUUCUUUCUGUAAGGUGGUGUUUCUCAAACUUUCUGAGCCUCUCCCCUCUUUAGACAGACACCCCCUUAACACAACAAAACAAAGAUUAACUGAAAGGUAAUUAUAAUCGGGGGGAAAUAAAUAGUUUUCACAUUUUUUAUUGCUCUUAGUUACUGUGUGAAAAUGUGACUUAGUUUGUGGCAUUUUAUCUCUUCAAAGCUUUUUGGAGGAUUUUUCCCAAAUAAAGAACAACUGAACAAAUAAAGAAGUGAUCUUUGCUCCAUCAGCUUCUGAUGUGCGAUCUCUCUUACAGAACGUAGCAAUUAAAGUUUAAUCUGUGCACAAAAACUCAACAAAGUUCAUUAUUGCCACAAAACCUGAGUGUGUGCAGUAACUAUGACCAAGAAACAAAAGAAAGAAAGGAGACAGACAGUUGUACUGCAGUAAAGAGAGAACACUCUUCAUCUGGCUGAAGCGUAGCUCUGAAUUCUUUCUCUCAACUGCCUAGCAUGCACACAGGUGCUACAAAAUACAAUAUUUCUGCUCACAAUGUUGAGAUGCAAAAAUAAAAUUUAAAAAAUGGCUUCGCCAACCCCUAUAAUGGACCAGGUCAGUUUGAGAAUCACAGCUGGAAGGAUGUAGAGAUCCUUUGGAUCGAUCUCUACUCCUGUGUGAAUUAUAAACAGCUUCUUGUUUUUCCACCUGACUGGUGCAGUAGGCCAUGCAGAAAGAAGGAUUGAGGACUGAAGGCGGUGUAGAGUGAAUGAUUUAGAACUAAAGGCAGUGUAGAUUGAAGGGUUUAGGACUGAAGGCAGUGAAGGGUUAAGGGUUUAGGACUGAAGGAGGUGUAGGGUGAAGGGUUUGGACCUAAGGCAGUGCAGGGUUUCGGGCUGAAGACAGUGAAGGGUUAAGGGUUUAGGACUGAAAGUGGCGUAGGUUGAAUGGUUUAGGAUUGGAGACAAUGUAGGUUGAAUGGUUUAGGACUGAAGGAGGUGAAGCGUUUAAGACUAAAAGCAGUUUAGGGUGAACAGUUUAGGACUGAAGGUGGUAUAGGGAGAAGGACUGAAGGGUUUGGUGUAGGGUGAAGGGUUGAGGACUGAAAACGGUGUAGGGUUCAGGACUGUAGGAGUUGUAUGGUGAAGGGUUAAGUGUUCAGGACUGUAGGAGGUGUAUGGUUAGGGUACAGGACUGAAGGCAGUGUAGGGUUAAGGGUUCAGGACUGUAGGAAGUGUAGGGUUAAGCAUUUAGGACUAAAGGUGAUGUAGGGUGAAGGAUUAGGGACUAGGAGGUACUGUAUAGGGUUAGAGUUCGGGACUGAAGGGAGUGUAGGGUUAGGGUUUAGGACUGAAAGAGAUGUAGGGUUAAUGUUUCAGGACUGAAGGGAGUGUAGGGUUAGGGUUUAGGACUAAAAGAGAUGUAGGGUUAAUGUUUCAGGACUGAAGGAGGUGUAGGGUUAAGGGUUCAGGACUGUAGGAGGUGAAGGGUUUGGGACUGAAGACGGUGUAGGGUGAGGGAUUUAGGACUGAAGGAGGUUUAGGAUUAGGGUUCAGGACUGAAGGUGGUGUAGGUUUAGGAUUCAGGACUGAAGGGGUUAGGAUUGGGGAUCAGGACUGUAGGAGGUGUAGGGUUAGGGUUCAGGGUUCUGUUUCAUUGUUUUGUUUUCUUACUGCUUCACAUCUGAACACCAAACAAAGUGCAGGAUCAAUAAAAAGUUCUGUUAAAUGUUUUCUGGGUGCCAGACCCCACACAGCUCAUCAUGUGAAGUGUGGGACUGGUUUUAAGGUUCUAAACCUUCUCCGGCUGCUCACUCAUCUCCUUAAACCUAUUCUACCUGAGUGUGAAUCUCAGCCGACAUGUUGCAUCACACGUCCACCCUUUAAAGGUGAAAGUACGAGGUCAUUUCUGUCUUUGAUCCUCAGAACCUCCCAUGAACUUCUUCAUUGCCAAGAACUCAUGUCUGUGUUGGAGAUUUAACUGUUGAACUCUGCAGGACUGUUCUGUUGUUUUGUGCUCAUCCUGAUGAAAGCUGCACCUUGCAGAUUUUUUCAUGUUCUUUUAGGUUUUCCAUUGUUGAAGCUYCGUUCAUUCCAUUCAAAGGACAGAAACAGACUGACAGCUACGAUCAAAUCCAAAAACAAAGUGAUGUUUAGUGGAUUGGGCUGAUGAUGGUGAUGAAAAUGCUUCUGUCUUUCUGUUGUCACAAGUGACRAGAACCUGUGAAAGUCCACAGUGUAAACUACCUAAAAGGGCUUUCUUAGAGAGCAUUUACCUGUCUUUGAACGUCAAACAUGUUUAAAUAGGGAAAAUAAAAACUACUUGUGCCAUUCUAGAAGAAGUGAGAAAGCUUUUCAUGGCAAAUAUUUGUCAACAAGAGUGCCAAAUAAUUUCACACUGAGCCAAAAGGCAGCGAGCCGUCAGAACUGUCAGCCCCCCCUCACUGAAACCCAUCAGCCUGUCUGUGCAGCGUCUCAGCUCCUGUCCCAUUCUGUUGUUCUGCUGCCAGUCUGUUUUCUCUGAAGCAGAUUUUCUAAUGUUGAUACUCUGAAGAGGGAAUGAGARGAUUUUAACUGUCAUUGUUUUUAUCUGUUUAUUUAAACAUUAUUCAUGAAUAGAUUUUAUCGAUAAUGACUAUUUAAUGUAACUGUAGUACUGUGUUUGUAAAAAAAAAUUCAGUGAGUUGUGUUCUAUGACUCGUGGACUACCAGUGAAGUCAGCAUUUCUGUGUUAAUAUUUGAAUUGUUUUUUAAAGAUUAUUUUUGCGACGGCAACAAAGAGUCAUUAUAAAUGUUCAUUUUAACAUCA